UAAUGUAUGUAAAUAACAACAAAGCUCGUCCUGCGUGCCGAUAAUCUGCAACUUUUUCGUGUUUUCUGUACGACCAGCAGCACAAUUACGACAUUCCAGGGCAAUAAUUGCAAAGCACCAUGUCUGAGGAAACCUCCGACAGCGAAAGUCAAGACAUUCAGGAGCACAAUGAAACGGUACGGGCACUGUCGGCCGGAUUGCUACAGAUUUACGAGCCCAAGCUCAGGGAAGUUAAGGAAAACCUGAAGGAACUGAUAAACAAGCAGAACGAUCUACAAAUUGCAAUGACCAGCGAAAAGAAUGCUUUCUCCAGUCGGCAGAUACAGGAAGUCAACGAAAUGGUGCUCAAGACGAAAGCCUACAAAGAUAAGGUGGCGCGCAUUAAAAUGCAAAUGCAUCAAAUUCAUCAACGAACAAAGAAUCUCAGGGCAAAAGCGUUGGAAAUCCAGGAACUCAAGGUGAACCAAUGUGCAACGAAGCUGCAACAGCUGCAUUACGAAGAAUCGCUGGUUGGGAACAGUAAACGAACCCCACGGAAAUCUUAAUGCCGUUUCCCGCUCAAAGCCAGCAGGGAGCAGUGGAAGUGGUAAUCAGCAAUCCCAACCCGAUUACUGUUUGAAAAACACAAAUCGCAUUUAAUUAACGACAUUGAUCGGGGGACUUUUGUCCCCCAUUCUCCCCACCCCUUGUUGGAAGACUAAAGACAGAGGCAGGAAGCAAGCAAGACUAAUGAUGAUGCACUGCCCUCUCAACGAAGCAAUCUUUUAACACAACAAAGCAACCAUAGAACAGGUGGGAGCUGUUUGGAAGCGAUAAAAGGUCUCCGUUUUGCAACUUUGUUGCAAAAAAAAUAAAAAAUGAGUGUGUCAACCGUGCCUGAAGGAAGGGUCCAUGAUUGGUUGGAGUGUGUCGUGUUUGUAUGAUUGCCACACCGAUAUUGCCAAAACUUAAAACAAAAAGAGGUAAAAACAAAUCAUAGACAAGUCUAAUAUUUUAUCUUCCAAAAAAACGUGGGAAAGUUGGGAUUUUACCGUUACACUUGUUAAGAGCGCAGGGAGCGCUAGUACGGUGAACAAUCAAAAUAAAGUAAACACCUGUAAUCAAAAUAGUAA